AUGGGUUCUUGCCGAGGGUUUCUGUUUCUAGUUGUUAAUAAAACACAAAAACUUUAUCUAUGGAAUCCGUCCAAUGGUGUCUGCAGAAAGAUACCAGCAUUGGAUCCGGAUAUAUUUGUAUAUAUGUAUGGCUUUGCUUACGAUGAGUCCACUGAUGACUACUUAUUGGUUCUCGUAUCAGAGGUCCUUGCUUUCUUCUCUAUCAAAACCAAAUCAUGGGAAAUACUUGCUGAGGAUUGCCAAUAUACCUCUCAAUGGGAUGAUGAGCCAACGGCUGGCUCGAUCUUAAACGGUGCUAUUCAUUGGUUUGCCAAGCGUAUUCAACAACCGCCACCUGAGUGUUUUACAAUCAUUUCAUUUGAUAUAAUAACGAAGAAUUUACGGGAGAUACCUGCACCUGAUGAUUUUGAGUAUGGUUUGGGUAUUUUGGGAGUAGUUGAAGGAUGCCUAACUCUAACUGAGAACCGUGAUGUAAUUAAGAUGUGGGUGAUGAGAGAAUAUGGAGUGAAGUCAUUUUGGACUAAGCUGUAUACAGUUUCUGCUUACGAGGCGCACAUUGAAAGCAUUUCACCAUUAUGCUCCACCAAAGAUAGCCAACUUGUUGCCACAGACGGUACCUUAGGAUUAGUAAAAUUGAAUGACAGAGGAGAACUGCUAGAACAUCGGAAGUUUUAUCCUUCCCCAAGUUCGCUUGCGUGUGCAAGUGUAUACACUGAAACUUUGCUCUCCCUCCCGAGACAGUACAGCAAAUUGGCUCAUGCUCUUCUCCAUGAUACACCGCAGCUUAUAAAGGUUUGCCAGUGA